GGCCUCCCCCUGGACAUCAAGCCACGAGAGCUCUACCUGCUGUUCCGGCCGUUCAAGGGCUAUGAGGGCUCUCUUAUAAAGCUCACGUCCAAGCAGCCCGUAGGGUUCGUGAGUUUCGACAGUCGCUCGGAAGCAGAAGCUGCAAAGAACGCCUUGAACGGCAUCCGCUUCGACCCCGAGAUCCCGCAGACGCUGCGACUCGAGUUUGCCAAGGCGAACACGAAGAUGGCUAAGAGCAGGCUGGUCGGCACCCCCAACCCCAGCGCCCCCACGCCCAGCGCCGCACCCCAGCUCGCCCCCAGGGAGCCGUAUGAGCUCACAGUGCCCGCACUUUACCCCGGGAGCCCUGAGCUGUGGGCCCCGUACCCUCUGUACCCGGCGGAGCUCGGGCCUGCUCUUCCUCCUCCUGCCCUCACCUACCCUGCUUCACUGCAUGCCCAGUGUCUGUCCCCCGAGGCCAAGCCCAGCUCGCCUGUCUUCUGCCCCCUGCUCCCGCAGGUUAGGCUGCUCUCGGGGAAUGUGUUUGUGACCUGCCCGCCUCCUGCAGACCAGCAGAGGGAGCUCCCGUGCUGACUUGGCUGUUCGCGGUCUGUGGGCCCCCUGGCAAAACUAUUUCUUGGUGACAUUUCAAGAGAUUUCAAUAAAAGUUUCCAUCAGA